AUGGGAAGGUCUAGGUUCCCCGGUAAACCACUAAAAUUCCACAACAGAAAGCGCAUCAGCGUUCUAUCGGGCACUGUUUACCAUGAAACUGCUCCAGAGAAUAGUUCAGCCAGCCGAGGCUCGGCUGCCAACGACUUUUCUGGGGAGAAAGAGGAAGAAGAGAAGAAGGAAAAUAAUAGUGAAAAUGAUUCAAAAACAAACGGUGAUAAUAAGGUCAACAAUAAUUUAGAUAAAUCAGACAAUCAGGAUAACGCUGAAUCAUCAAAGUCUCCUGUCCGAACAAGGUCCCAUAAUAAAAUGGAGCCUCCAAAAAACGAUAAACCCAAACCAGUGAAAAAGACAGUAACAUUUGGUACAGUUGAAAGCUGUGAGGAUAUAUUCUUGCCAUUAAAGAAGGUUCCAAUAAAACAUCAUGCACCACUCGUGCCAAUUAUAAAGAAAAAAUCUGCACUCAAACAAACUGAAUAUUCUACAUUCAAUAGUAUUUUGAAACCAGCCAAGUUAACAGACCUGAGCUCCAAAUCAUCAUUGGAACCUCAAGAAGGUUAUUUAAGGAAGAACCUAAAUCCUUUAUCAAAAUCAACAAAUAAAUUUUCUCAAUUUAGUGAUAUCAGAAGUACUUCACCACCUCCAAGAAUCACAUCGCCUAUUGAAAAGAAGAAUAGCACUAAUAAAUUUGAAUUGCCCAUAAGGAGUAGUCAUUCGUCAAGAGUGAUUAAACCUAAUAAAAGGUUUAUCGACGGUGAUGAACAAACAUCACUCCCUAGUCUCUCCUCUGGCAAAGUUCUUAAGAAACCAAAAUUGAAGAGGCUAGUGUUCAACAACUUACAUGAUGACGACGACAGUGCUGAAGAUGAGGAGUUAGAUAAAACAAAUGAUGUUGAAAAAUCUCGAGAAAAAUCUUUACCUACAUCAAGUUUGUUUAAGGACAAAACAACAAAUUCAUUUUCAAACCUGAGUAACAAUGGUAAUAGAAAAGUUAUUAGAGACUUCUUUUCAUAUGAUAAAGAACCUGAGGGUAAUCAAGAUGAAAAUUCGAAUGUGGAGAGCCUUGAUAGGAUAAAGUCACCAGAUGGUAAUAAAGAGGAAAGGUCAGGACAUGCUAUGCGAAAGCUCAUGGAUAUUUCUGAUGCAAGCUCAACUAGUACUAGUGCCUCGGAGUCAGAAGAAAGCUGGGAUAGUGACAGCGGGGAAGCUACUGGUGAAGAAGGCGAACGACAGCCACCAUUGAGUCCUGAGAAAGAUAAGACAUCUGCCUCACAACUAUUAAGCGGAAAGGUCAUUAUAAGGGAAGCUAGGUUACAACUUACUUCUACAGCCACUUCCACAACUGGGCUUGAUGGACCAUUCUCAGCUUUAACAGCAGUAUCAUCCAAUAACCAACCAGCAACUGUGACUUGUGGGGUUUGUGGAGCAGUGAGAUUCUACAAAUUUGUAAGACAGGCAAGAAAAUUUGGAAUAUAUUCCUGUGAGUCAUGCCGAAAAUUUAUUUCAAAACUGUUGAAGAAAGACAAAAUGGUUUUACGAACAUCACCUGUGGUUACUCAUUGUGUGAGAGGAGAAGGCAAUUGUCAUGUUCCACCAGUAGUUCGGUCACAGCAGUGGAAAUUACUGAAGUGUACUAAUAAAUCCCGAUGUCCUGCUUGUUGGCUGAAGCUAUGUCUCAAAGCCUUCCAAGUUCCACCUCAUAUUAGAGCCACUUUGACUGCUAUGCUGCCGUCUUAUAUGAGAAGUGGAUCCAAACCAUCGGGGCCAUUGACUCAAACUCAUCCACUAAGAAUAGCAUCCAGUACAUCACCAACCCAGUCAACAUUCAGUACUUUGGCUUCUGAAAGUGAAAAUACUCUGUUUGCUGUAAAACCAGUUAAGAAACCGUCAGAUGACACAGAUAAAACUGAGGACACUAAAGCAGCUAAAGGGCUCGAAACUAACGAGGAAUCAAAGGAAGAUGCUAAUGCGAGCAGAAAACGUCGCAUUACUCGGACUAAAGUUAGAAAGAAAGAUAAAGGCGAGUCCAAACAAACUGAGGAUACGAAGCGACAAAAAAUGGAACUCAAAGGACCUAGAGUUAAACAUGUGUGUAGAAGUGCGUCCAUCGUCCUUGGACAACCAAUCGCAACAUUCCCCACUCAAGAAGAAAAGGAUAAAGACAAAACUCAGCAAUUAGAUGACGAUUCCACCAUGCUUAUUACUGACAAGGAUAGAAUUACGCCAGAUUCAUCUUGUGAUUCAGAACACGAUGUUGAGAAUAAACCAGUUCAAGUGGUACCGGAAGCAAUAACUAAGGAAAGUGAUCAAGAAGUAUUAGAACCCAAGAAGAGGAAGAUUGAAGUUGCUCCCAAACCACAAACCAAAAAUGAGUCCAGUGAAGAUGAGACUGUCAUGGAUAUUGUUCCAAGGAAACCUACAUUGAAACCUUUAACCAACAUCACUAAUGUACGCGGGCGUGCCCAGAAGUGUGGACAAAACAGACCUGAACUUAUUUGUGUUGAUUUCUGGGAGAGUUAUGACCCUGAUGAAGUUUGUAAUUCUGGAUUUGGUUUGAUUGGGACUAUGCCAUUCACUCUCGCCAAACUUUGCUUCUUGUGCGGCAGCGCUGGUCGUGAAAAGAUGUUAGUAUGCAGCAGCUGUUGUGAAUGGUACCAUGUGUGGUGUGCUGAGGAGGCUGGCGGGGGAGGGUCGUGGACUUGCGCCCGUUGCGUAUGGUGCGCUGCAUGCGCUCGACCUGCUGCAAGACUGCGCUGUCGCUCCUGUGCGAGACCAUACCACGCCGCUUGUCUGCCGUCUGCACCACCUGACCAUCGAAGUGACUGGCCACAGAUCUGCAGUUCAUGUCUAAAAUGCAAGAGUUGUGACAGCAACAGGGUGAACAAAUUUGUUGGCAGCUUACCUUUCUGCAGGCCUUGCUUCAAGUUACGUCAAAAGGGGAAUUAUUGUCCUCUUUGUCAAGCUUGUUACAGAGACAAUGACUUUGAUAGCAAGAUGAUGGAGUGUGGUUGGUGUGCUAGAUGGGUUCAUGCCAGCUGCGAAGGCUUAUCUGGUGAAGGUUACCAGCUUUUAUCUGCAUUACCUCCAUCUAUUGAAUACAUAUGCUGUAAAUGUAUGCCUAAUGACCCACCUUGGAGAAAAAUGCUAACAGAACAUCUCAAAGGAAGACUACUACAUCUUCUUAAAUUACUGGCCAAAAACAAAAAGGCCUGCGCCCUAUUGAAAUUGACGCCUCAUAAGAAUACUCCAGUUCCAAAUAAACCUUAUCGACUGAUGUCACCCCAGGCUAUAAGAAAAUUGCAUUUUGAUGGCGGGGAUGAGUCCAUGAAGAAUACGUCGGAAACGAAAGUGUAUAGAAAUACUUCAAGGGGACGAAGAAAUACACAAAAUAAAUUUGACGACCUCAAUUCGUCCCAAAUAUGGCACUGCUCAUCGCUAUUAAAUGACGUCGAAAUGGACAAAGAGGAAAUUCCACACACCACACAUAAAGUGGUUAAUCUACAAGAGCCUUUGAUGCAGAAUAAAGAGAUCUGCUUUUCAACUGGACUCUAUAGCAACAAGGCAGAGUUUAAUACGCCCUGUGUGGAAGUACACGAGAAUUACCCGCCACAGAAAACAGAAAAAGCAACGACCAUGUUGCCAACCCUUGAUGACAAGUAUGAACCAAUAUCUGAUGAUGAAGAACCUACGAAAACUUUCUCACAAGCUCGAAGUGAACAAGACUUAAGUCCUGCCAUAAUAAGACAAGCAAAUAUUGACGAUAGUCUUGAAGACUUGGGGAGGUUAAUUUCGCCAUCACUACUAGAUAUAAAGAAGAGAGUAAACAGUGAUGAAUACAUCUCUUUAAAAGAUUUUAAUCACGACAUGAAAGAGGUUAUUGAGAGGACAGCAAGUGUAGAUCUGACUUCAAUAUACAAAGAUUUGUUCUCUGAAACAUUUCCUUGGUUUGAUUGUGAAAAUAAUUGCCUUCAGCCAAACUUGGAAGUAGAGGGCGAACAGGAAGAGACUGAUUCAAUUAAAGACAUUGAAAUGACGGAUACAAAGGGGAUUAAGAACACUACGCAAGUGGAAAGAACUCUUGAUCAAAUAGUUCCUAAGUUGGAAUCUGUCAGCCAGAAGGAAGAAACUGAAAUAUUAGAGUUUUAUCCAAUGGUUGACUCUCGUAUUUGCGUUUUGUGCAAAACUUGUGGCGAUGGAUCACCGGCUAUGGAAGGUCGACUAUUGUAUUGCGGGCAAAAUGAUUGGAUACAUGCCAAUUGUGCUUUAUGGUCUGCAGAAGUGUUUGAAGAAAUUGAUGGUUCACUUCAAAAUGUUCAUUCAGCAAUAUCAAGAGGGAAAAUGAUCAAAUGUGCAGAGUGUGAAGUUAAAGGGGCUAGCGUAGGUUGCUGUGCCAAGAAUUGUAGUGAAACAUAUCAUUAUGCAUGCGCAAGAAAAGCAUCAUGUGCAUUUAUGGAUGACAAAAGAGUAUUCUGUCCCACUCAUGGAAAAGAUGUACCGAAGAAAAGUCUACAAAAGAACGCAGAUUUUGAAUUGACUAGACCAGUUUAUGUUGAACUAGAUAAAAAGAAGAAAAGAUACACGGAAAUAAACAAAGUACAAUUUUUAAUGGGUUCAUUAACAGUGCACAGCCUUGGCAAGAUUGUACCAUCAGUGUCUGACUAUGAAGAUUUCCUAAUGCCAGUAGAUUUUUCUUGUAGCCGACUGUUUUGGUCAUGUAAGAAACCUUCUAAAAUUGUUCGCUAUACAAUUAAGACUAAACUAAUACUGGCUGAACCCAUGCCUGGAUUCGAUUUUGGCGUCAACAUAACUGUUGAUCAUUCUAUGGAUGUACAAGUUGUAGAUCGUGUAAUGGCAGAAAUUGGCGCAUGGCAUGAGAGCAUAGAAACGGGUUCUAGUAAAACCGUUCUUAUGUUAAAGAGUGAUAAAUCGCCUAUUAAAUUCGGAAAAACUGUUACGCUCGAAGAUUUGGCUGUAAAACAAGUCGUGGAAUAUUUGCUGGAUAAUCUUUGCAAGCAAGAACAACAAGACGAGGAGGAACCGCAAAACACCGCGGACCUGUUGCCUCCUGAAGUUAAAGAUGCUAUAUUUGAGGAUCUAAAUCACGAUCUCCUCGAUGGUAUAUCUAUGCAAGAUAUUUUCCCUAAACUCAUGUCCUAUGAGGAUCUGGCAGGUAUAGAUUUAAAAGGCGAGUUUUAUGGCGCUAUAAGUCAAUCAGACGACAAAUCAGAUUCUCGUUCCAGUGAUUUUAUUGAUGAACUGCUUAAUGCUCGUUUGGAAUCUGGAAAUAAAGAACUUAAACGGAGUAAAUCCGAAAUGUUACUACAAAACCACAAUCUAAAAUCUCUGACAACAGGCCGCGGGCAACAAAGAUCGUCAAGUUUAACCUGGAAUAAUAAAUUUGACACAAGCUUACUUUCUUCUACCAUAAAGAGAUGCAAGAUGGGAAAGACAUCGACCGUGACUGGAAAACUGAGUCCUAUUCAGCGAAUUAUAGAAAAUCCACUAGAAACUAUAAAAGAGAUAGAAAGAAGCAGUGUAGACAAGAAAUCUAAACCUGAAACUAGUACUAGCAUUUGCACUGAAACAGGCCAUUCGUCUGGCCUCAAUUACAGAACAACAUCGCCUAAACAAAAAGAAGAAUCUAAUGCAGAUAAAAACGAUAAAUCUGAAGGAUAUUAUACUGACGUCAUAGAUUUUUAUACUAAAAUCCAAUGUAGUCCUAUAUCUCAAUUGGAUGGUGCCGCUGAUUGGUCAGGGUCUGAAAGCAAUUGUAGUUCACGACCAAGCAGCCCUCAAGAUGACUUUACGAAUAUUCAACAACUAGAUGGGGCUGAAGAUCAUCAUCCUUGUGACAAUGCACCCAAAAAUCAAAACAAUCAGUUUCUGUAUAGAGCUAGUGGUACUGAAAGUACAUAUACUGUGACCAUCGCUGGUAACUCUAUUAGUGGACAGCCGGAACUUGUCAUGAGACCGCUUGACGACCCUUCUGGUAAUUCUGGACAAGGAGAACAAUUAGUGAGAUGCGAUAGAUGUCAAUGUACAUACAGAAACAAGGAAUCCUACGACCGCCAUAUUCCAUCGUGUGACAUGAUGUCGACAAGUGAAAGUGAAAGCGAAAAUCCUAAAUCUCCUGAAAACAGAACUCUAACUACCUUGCAAAAUGCUUUCCAAGGAGCAUUUGCCCAACCAAUGAUUAUACAUGCAGGUGUCGUAAGUAACACCGAAAAUACUGUAAAGGCAGAAGGUAUUUCAGCAAGAAGAACCAGUAUCAAUACUAGACAAAUCACUAUCAAUGGAACCAUAGUGGAAACUCCAUCACCCGGGCCAUCAAAUGAAAUGACAAUGACAAUUACAGAGCAAAUGAAAUCUGGAACGGUUAUAUUUGAUCAAAGCAAGACUACUAAUGUUCAGGUAUCGGCCAACCAACAAGUUUUAUCAUCUCCACAGAUUGUUGUUACGCCUCAAAUGUUACUACCACCUAAAACAAGUACCUCUGCUGGACAAAAAAUGAUGGCACCACAAAUAAUCACACAACCUGGACUUUUACCAUAUAAUAUUUGUGUUAAACCUGGAACUAGCAAUGCAAAUAUACAGCAGAUUCAAGGGACUGAUAUGACACAAUUACUAACUGGUGGCGGUGGUAUUCAAGUACUGACUUCCAACUCAAAUCAAGUCUUGACUAUACCAAAUCAAGGAAUGAUACAAGGAAAGAAUCAGGUUGCAAACUUUCCAAAUAUGGCAAGUGCGUCUUCUAUCACCUUACCUGUAAAUUCUAUUCAGGGUAUGCCUAACACGUCGAUAAUACACAAAAUAUUCAACCCAUGA